AUGCCUUAUAUCAGGGCCCCAGCUCCCCAAGAUGCCUUAUAUCAGGGCCCAGCUCCCCAAGAUGCCUUAUAUCAGGGCCCCAGCUCCCUAAGACGCCUUAUAUCAGGGCCCAGCUCCCUAAGACGCCUUAUAUCAGGGCCCCAGCUCCCUAAGACGCCUUAUAUCAGGGCCCCAGCUCCCCAAGAUGCUUUAUAUCAGGGCCCCAGCUUCCCAAGAUGCCUUAUAUCAGGGCCCCAGCUCCCUAAGAUGCCUUAUAUCAGGGCCCCAGCUCUCCCAAAUGCCUUAUAUCAGGGCCCCAGCUCUCCCAAAUGCCUUAUAUCAGGGCCCCAGCUCCCCAAGAUGCCUUAUAUCAGGGCCCCAGCUUCCCAAGAUGCCUUAUAUCAGGGCCCCAGCUCCCUAAGAUGCCUUAUAUCAGGGCCCAGCUCCCUAAGAUGCCUUAUAUCAGGGCCCCAGCUCCCCAAGAUGCCUUAUAUCAGAGGCCCAGCUCCUCAAGAUGCCUUAUAUCAGGGCCCAGCUCCCUAA